AUGCGAACGCCACUGCUGGCCCGGUAGUACCCGUAGUAGUAGCAGCUCCUCGGGGCGGCGGAGGACCUAAUCGGCGGCGACUUCGCGGUGGCGGCGGACCUGCUCCGCUGCAGCAGCGGCAGAGAGCGGAGGAGGUUGCUCCUCCUUCCGCCACCGCCGCAGUUGACACUAAUGCUUUUACCAAACCUCCAGAAGGACGUCAUCUGCUUGCCCACAGAAGAAGGGCUGUCGCCUGCUGCAGACUCUUCGCCGGCGGGCUGAUCUGGAUCUGGUGGCCCCGCCGUGGGGAAAGAGGAGAGGGGGAGGAGGAAGCCAUUGGAGAAGAGCUGGUCGGCGACGGCGGGGUCCUGCUUGGGUGGGUCGGUGGGGAUGGAGAAGACGAAGUCGGAGGAAGGGGAGACGAGGGGUCGGUGACAGUGUGGGUUCUCAAGGGGGUCGUCGAGGUUCCAGGAGAAGGAGAUCCUCGGGCUGGGAAUCUCCCCGGCGGGUGGCGACGCCAUCUCCCCAGCCCAGAUCUCCGACAGGAGGUCCACUGACAUCCGUAAGCUUAGAACAAGGAGGAGGAGGAGGAGGAGGAGGAGGAGGAGGAAGAAGAAGAAGAAGAGGAAGAGGAAGAGGAAGAGGAAGAAGAAGUGAAGUCUCCCUCUGUUUUGUUCUUCGCCCCGCCUUUUGACGUCGAGAUGCCUCUAGAGAAUACACGCCAGAGAAAGAGAGAGAGAGAGAGAGAGAGAGAGAGAGAGAGAGAGAGAGAGAGAGGAGGAUGGGUAAGAGAGUGCGAGAGCGUGAAGUAGGGGUAAAUGGUUUGAGCCGUUGCGUGGAGAGAAGUCACGGGAAAUCCGCUGCUCGCUCGCUGAAUAGUUUUCGAGUCAUCGCCAGGGGACCCACGAGCCUGUCUCCAGAUUACACGUCAUUAUUCCUCGGAAUUUUACUGAUUGACCCCUAUUAAUCUAAUUUUUCACGCUUUUAUACUCGACAGCUGGCAUAGAUCCCACAAAAUAAUCUUAAUCGUCGCCACCCGAAGUCCCUAAACCUCCACUUCUACCCGUCAAUGUUCUAAAGGUUGUUAGCAAAGAGAGAGGCUAGGAGCCACGUGGCAUAUGACAUCGAUGCAUCAGGGCUAUCCCAGCCACAUGUCACACCAGCCAAUUGCCAUGCCAAUGCUUAUGUGGAUUUUCAUAUCAUUUUUAUUUUUGUCAAUAUUCGUAUUAAUUGAUGCAUUAGACAUACAUGCAUGAGAUUUACACGGAUAAUUCUGUGAUCAUGGGCCCUAAUUUAUCAAAUAUCAUUUAUUUACCCAGCUAUCAAAGUCUCACCAUAUACAUACAUAUAUGAAUGCAUUAGAUAUUAAUGGAUAUUCUGGAAAUUAGGCAAAUGGUAAUAGUUUCCUCCAUAUUUUUUUAUACGCCAAGAUAAUAUGCCACCCAAAAUUUUUUUGCAAAAAACACACACAUGAAUUUCUAAUAUUUAGUAAUUUUUUCUCUUAGAUGUUCAAUCAUGAAUAAAACAUUUUAUUUUUUAAAAAAUGGAAAAAUGAUAUAGUUAAAUCAUCAGAUGAAACUUAUGCUCAUAAUCUCUUCUACUUAUUAGCUGCUGUUUUCCAAUAGUAGAAUGUGCCUCUAAAACCUUUGUAACCUCUCCAAGAAAAAGAAAAGAAAAGAAAAUAAAAUAAAAGAAAAGAAAAGAAAAAAGAAAAAUAGAAUUCAAAACAUAAUUUCUAAAAAUAGUAGCUAUUGAUGUAUUAACACGAGCAUUCCGAGAAUUAUCAUAGUAAUGAUCAUAGCCUUCACUCUACUUCUUUUUAUGAGCCCCUAGUCAACAAGUUUGACUUCUCGUGGACCCACCACAGUACGGGUUCUGAGAUGGUCAAUGGGCCGUGUAGCCCAGAAGCACAGCCGGCCCAUAGAGCAAGGGUCUGUCUGUCUGUCUGUCUCCCCCCCUCUGGUUGGGUCGAGCAGGUUGACUGAAGGGUUGAUGAAUCGAAUCGCCGUGGGUGUUUUUAAAAUGCUUGUUGACCACGAUGGGACCGGUAUUUCGAAUCUCUCCUCUCUCUCUCUCUCUCUCUCUCUCUCUCUCCUCGUCUCCGUCUCUCUCUUUCUCUCUCGACGGGCUUCGAAUUGGCAAGUCGUCCGAAAUCUUCCAAGGAACGUAACUGUCUUACUCUUGGACCCGUUCCCUUCCCCCGGUAGGUGAGAAAGUCCAAUCUCUCAUCUCUCUCUCUCUCUAUCUCUCCCUUUGAGUGCUUCUUCUCCGACGCGGUUGGAUUCAGAAAAUCGUAGCUGUUAGAACUUCUCCGCUUGUUCUCUCGCUUUCUUCACCUUUGUCGGGCUUCUAUUGUGCUUCGACCUGUGCAUCUAGUCUUUGCUGCCGGAGACUGAGUGGAAUUGCAGAGGGGGGGAUUUUGGGAGGAGACAGUGGGGGAAGAAGGGAGGCAGACAUGGUGAACUGGGAGCUGAAGGGCUGCUGUGAGCGCGACCAAGUCGUCUUCAUCACGACCAUCGGCGUCUUCACUGUCGUGAUCCUCGCCGUAAGUUAUCUCUUUCCUGGCUUCCUUCCCCAUGCUCCGAUGCUCGAUAACAGGAUCCUCUUCCAACUCGUCCUUAUGCUCGAAAACCUUCAUUUUUUUCCUACUUCGCGCUCACAAAUUCUACAGCCGUUGGGUGAUUUAUUGUUGCGGUUAGACUUGGAAAUGCCACUUAAAUCUAGUCUAUUGAUGGAAAUCUACGCGACUGAACCAUCAUGAUACAACUUCGUCUCCUGAUCUAAUUUUCCAUCGAAUUAUUAGUUCUUUCCUUCCAUGAUUAUGUGUUCCCCCGUGUCAUGCUCGUUUAAUUGUGUUGUUUUUCUCGUCGCACUAUUUUCCUCUUCAAAUUUCUAGAAUCUAGUUGUUCUUUACGUUGUUAUUAUUAUUAUUAAUACUAUCAUUAAUCUUUGUAUCUUUUAUCGUCUUCCCUUUUGCAGCUCUGGAGGACGUUUCUGCUGACACCCUUUAAGCUCAUUACGGUAUUUCUCCACGAGGCGAGCCAUGCUAUUGCAUGCAAACUAACUUGUGGACGGGUAAGAUACUUUGGAUUAAAUGUUGCAGCCCAAGUUACUCGUACUCACGUGGUGGUUCUCUUUCAUGAUUUUAGAUGACAUCUGUUGCUUUAACUCUGCUGGGAUUUCAACUUUUAUGGAACUGUAUCAACUUUCUAAUGUUGUCGUGCUACUGAUCAUUCUUUUACGAUGGUUCAAUUACCAAUGCGGCAUGUUUGAUGCCUACUACAUGCGUUGGGAAUGAAGGUAGAGAGGGCUUUCUUGAAGCCAUUGUUAACAAUUACAUAAGACAUAGUUUCUUCUCUCACUCCAAUAUCUGUUUUUCAUUAUGAUACUCCCUCCAAGAUCUGGAUAGGCCCUGGAUGGGACUUUUUUUAUAUGGUAACCUCUUGGUGGCUGGGAUAUUAUUUUUGGAAGAUAUUUAGAAAAUAUUCUUAUCUAAAUGGACCUACAUGUUUGUAUAGUCUGAAUUUCGAUUAAUUUGAAUUUAGUGAGCGUAACAUCAUACAGGAAACAGGUUUGCAAAUUAUUACAGAUAGAGUUUUGUUCAAGGUGAAUUUUGAACGUGAUAGUUCAAACAUUUCAUUAAUGCUUCUGCACACCGAGCUGAUUCAUUAAAUAAAUUUUUAUUCCAAUGUUUCAUUCUAAUGAUGGAGCUACCAGCAAUUGCCAAGUGAAAUUUAACAUAAGUAUAUGAGACGCCCUAGUUAUUUGUGAUUAAAUCAUUUGUUUUAUGGAUAUGAUGGUGAGUCAACUGAAAAAUGAAUUAUUCCAGGGAUCAGAAAUUGUAUAUGUUUAGUGCUAUCAGCCAACUACUGAAGAGGGAUUUGAUGGUGGACGGUAUCAUAGUUUAGACACGAGUAAACAUCCCUGCUGAUUGAAUAAGUCAUUUCAGAUAUCUAAUCCUUUUGUUUUUGCUCGAUAGCUUAUCAAUUGGCAGCUCCCAUACCACCAAUUAUUGAAACGUACUGGCCUUUAAUACUUUCCAAUAAUGUCUACAGUGGACAUCUGAAAUUCCAAUGUUUGUAGGAGAGUUCCCAUUAAUCGACUUUGAGUGGACACUGCCACCAUGCUUCUGGUGAAUGACGACAAUUACAAGGGCAACGAAUAGUAAUGAUUUUCUUUUGGGCGAAUGUUGAAUUUCAAUCAUUAUUUGCCCAUUUGAUCCGGUGGCUAGUACUGACGUAUCAGUAACUCAGUAGGUAGGAAUUCAGUUGGAUCAGUGAAGAAAGAUGGGUCCUUUUGUUGCAGAAAGUAUUAGAGAAAACCAACACAGCAAGAACAAUCUUGGGCCUGGAAUAAUCAGAAGAUCUAACAUAAAAUAUGGUAACUUUAUUUCUCUAUAAAUUAUACCAAAUAUCAAAUCUAUAGAUAGUCUUUAUGAAUUUUUUAUACUUCUUACGUUGUCUUUAUUUCCUAAAAUUUAUUUCUCUACGUCGGUAUGCAUAAAAUUUAAUUAAGCAUGUAAUUAUUGAAUUUUCAACACUUUUUAGUAAAACCAUUUGUGAAGUCUGUGAAAGGAAUGCUUUUUUAGACAAUCUUUAUCUUGGCAUGCUUAUUGAUUUAUUAAAUAUGUACCUCUAUUUCUACUGCAAGAAAUCACAUCUUUUCGCAUCUUGUGCAAAAAUUUUGAAGUCCAAAAAUAAAAAGAAGAUUAAUUUUUCCUCAUUGCCGUGGAUUCCGUUCUUCACAAUUUUAUUCAGAUACUAAUUCCAGCAUUCAUCAAUUAGAUUUCCCUUCAAAAUAAUUUUGCAUCCAGGAAUUUUCCCACAGCAUCACUUAAUAACAAUUGUCACUCAUCAAGAGCAUGAGAUACUAUGUCCUUUUAUGGACGAGCCUGCGGUAACUGCUGAAGACCUGAAGUCGGGAAAUCUACACAUUCCAAGGCAAGCUUUUAUUAGGACGCUGAUACUAUGAUGACGCUCAAACUAUGAUGUGAGGCUUACAUCUGAUUUAAUAAGAAAAGUUAGCUUGAAAGGAAUAUCGUAAUUUGAAUAAAAAUCAGCUGAUUUGGAUCGGAAUUGGAUUCCUGCCAGAGUAUAGAAAUGAGAAUGAGAUGAAGCAUAAAAAGGCUUUUGAAAAAUCCCAAUCUGAUGAAGAGGACGAGGAAGGAUCGAAAGUAAGAAGAAGAUGGAGAAGGGGACGAAAAAGAAGAAGAAGACCAAAAAGGAGAAGAAGAAGAUGA